ACUGGUUCUACCUACACAGAUUCGUGUGUUAUCUUAGAACUCAGAUGCUUUUUAGGCUUUUGUGUUGUUUAGCACUUACUGUAAUUACUUCAGCUGAAGCUUACAGGAUUCCUAGACAGACUUCUUCUACCGGUACAGGUUACACACCAGGAAAAUCAUAUCCCGUUUACUCAGAACCCAUGUCCAAAAUGUCUCGUUCACGUGUUUUCUUUGACAUUGCCAUUGGCGGCGCUCCUGCUGGACGCAUUGAGUUUACUCUCUUUGACGACAUUACCCCAAAGACUGCUGAAAACUUCCGUUCUUUGUGUGUGGGUGACAAGACCGUUCAGGGUGUGAAGUGCCACUUCAAGAACUCUAUUUUCCACCGUAUCAUUCCUCAGUUUAUGUGCCAGGGUGGUGACAUCACUAACCACAACGGUACUGGUGGUAUGAGUAUCUACGGCAGACGUUUCAAUGAUGAGGACUUCUCCGUUAAGCACAGUGUACCAGGUCUUCUUUCCAUGGCUAACAGCGGUCCUAACACCAACGGCUCUCAGUUCUUCAUUACUACUGUUCCUUGCCCAUGGCUUGACGGUAAGCACACUGUAUUUGGUGAGGUCAGUGAGGGUAUGGACGUUGUGAAGAAGAUGGAGCGCUACGGCUCUGGUAGCGGUGCUACUACCAAGGAGGUUAAGAUUGUCGACUGUGGCCAGCUUUAAUUUAGCGGCUACAUCAUACUUGAUUCAUAC